GCAAGGGUUUCAGGCAUCACUGCAAAGAGCAGCUGGGAUUCCCAUCCCCUUCUGACAAGCUGUGAGGAGAAAUUGGUUCUCAGAUCUGAAUCUCAAGAGAGGGAACAAGUCAAUCAGCCUUGUGUUCAGAAGAGAAACCUGGGACCAUGAGGAGCAGCCUGACACUUGUGGGAACCCUCUGGGCCUUCCUGUCUCUUGUUACUGCUGUGGCCAGUUCUACCAGUUACUUCCUCCCUUACUGGCUCUUUGGAUCCCAGAUGGGGAAGCCCGUGUCAUUCAGCACAUUCCGGAGGUGCAACUACCCUGUGCGGGGAGAGGGGCACAAUCUGAUCAUGGUGGAAGAGUGUGGGCGUUAUGCCAGCUUCAAUGCCAUUCCAAGCCUAGCCUGGCAGAUGUGCACAGUGGUGACAGGUGUUGGCUGUGCUCUGCUACUCCUGGUGGCACUGGCUGCUGUCCUUGGCUGCUGCAUGGAAGAGCUCAUCUCCAGAAUGAUGGGACGUUGCAUGGGAGCAGCGCAGUUUGUGGGAGGGUUGCUGAUAAGCUCAGGCUGUGCAUUAUACCCUUUAGGAUGGAAUAGCCCGGAGAUAAUGCAAACAUGUGGAAAUGUCUCCAAUCAAUUUCGGUUAGGUACCUGUCAGCUUGGUUGGGCCUAUUACUGUGCUGGAGGUGGAGCAGCAGCAGCCAUGUUGAUCUGUACCUGGCUUUCUUGUUUUGCUGGAAGAAAUCCCAAGCCUGUCAUGUUGGUGGAAAGCAUUAUGAGAAACACCAACUCUUAUGCCAUGGAGCUUGACCACUGCCUCAAACCUUAA